AUGGAGGACAAACUGAUAGUCGCUGUGUGUGGCCACCCUGAAAUGUAUGAUGUAUCAUCAUAUUUUUAUCGAGACAGGAAUAAAAAGGACCUUGCCUGGAAGAGGAUAAGUGAGGAAAUCAGACAAUCUGGGUUCCUGGAAUACCUUCGUCCAGGCGAUGAAGUAAUUGCAGACAGAGGCUUCACCAAGAGACGCAUGCAACUCUCCAAAGAAGACACCACCAACACCAGGUGCAUCGCCAAUAAAAGAGACAAGAAAUCUACAACCUGCACUCAGUGUGGAAAGAGUUUCUCAACCAAACAAUAUCUUGAGAUUCACAUGAGAGUUCAUACAGGAGAGAAGCCGUUCACAUGUGAUCAAUGUGGGAAGAGUUUUACAUCAAAACAAAGUCUUGAGAUUCAUAGUGCAGUUCAUACCGGAGAGAAGCUGUUCGAAUGUAAUGAAUGCGGCAAAACGUUUCGCUGGGCAUCAAACCUGAAGACACAUCUGAAAAUUCAUACAAAAGAGAAGCCAUAUUCAUGUUCUGUGUGUGGAAAAAGUUUUUCUCAGCUGCCAUAUUUAUAUCAACACGAGAAAAUACACACUGGUGUGAGAGAGUACGUGUGCUUUGAGUGUGAGAAGACUUUUACUACAGCAAACCAAUUAAAAGUGCACCAGAGAAUUCACACUGGAGAAAAACCUCACAAGUGUUCACACUGUGACAAGAGAUUCAGUCAGUCAGAACAUCUGAAAACACAUGAGAGGAUCCACACUGGA